GAUCCGGAACAGGACAUCAGAGUCCAUGAGAGAGGAGGAGCAGGAGGAGCAGUAGAGGAGCGGAAUGGAGGAGGACAAGCAGAACCCGGAGCACCGGAGCAACAAGGUCCGGAGAAGACAAGCAGCAGGCUCGUCCUCUGAUAGCAGCGAUGUUGAGGAACAGAGAGGAAGAGAGGAACUCAUACGUCACCACCGUGACAAGUCCUUCACAACAUCUGGAUCUUUAAAAAUUCAUCAAAGAGUUCAAACUGGAGAGAAACCAUACAGCUGUGACCAAUGUGAGAAAACAUUUUUGCGCUGCAGUGCCCUCAAAGCCCAUCAACGCAUUCACAUUGAAGGGGAACUGUCCAUUUUUUUCCAAAGUGGGAAGGAUUUCACAGAGUCAGGGAGCUCAAAAAAACAAGACAUUGACACAGCAGAGAAACUGUUUAGCUGUGAUCAAUGUGAGAAAGCUUUCACCACUCUACGUGGCUUAAAAAGUCACCACCGUGUUCACACUGCAGAGAAGUGGCACUGCCGUGACCAAUGUAGGAAAACGUUUUCGCAACGCAUGUCCCUUGACACUCACCAAAGAAUUCACACAGGAGAGAAAAUGUACAGCUGUGAUCAAUGUGGCAAAGCUUUCACACGAUCAGGUCACUUGACAGCCCAUCAACGCAGUCACACAGGAGAGAAACCAUACGGGUGCGACCAAUGUGGGAAAAAGUUUACUCAAAUCAGAACCUUAAUAUCUCAUAAAUAUAUUCACACCGGAGAGAAACCAUACAGGUGUGAUCAAUGUGGCAAAGCCUUUCCACAGUUAGGGGCCUUAAAAACCCACCAACGCAUUCACACCGGAGAGAAACCCUACAGCUGUGAUCAAUGUGGCAAAGCCUUUCCACAGUUAGGGGCCUUAAAAACCCACCAACGCAUUCACACCGGAGAGAAACCCUACAGCUGUGAUCAAUGUGGCAAAGCCUUUGUACAGUCAGCAACCUUAAAAAGCCACCAACGUAUUCACACAGGAGAGAAACCGUACAGCUGUGAUCAAUGUGGCAAAGCCUUUGCACUGUCAUGGGCCUUAAAAAGCCACCAACGUAUUCACACAGGAGAGAAACCGUACUGGUGUGACCAGUGUGGAAGAUUAUUUGCCUGGUGCACUCAAUUGAGAACCCACCAAUGCCGGCAUGCAGGAGAGAACCCGUACAGCUGUGACUAGUGUGAGAAAGCUUUUAUUGAACGGUAUGACCUAAAAAUCCAUCAACGUGCUCACACCAGAGAGAACCCAUCCUGAUGUGACCAAUGUUGGUAGUGACAUUUGUAGUGUAAUGUACUUUUACUGUAGUGUUUAUACUGUUCCUUUAAGUUGACCUUUAAAGAUACGUGUCGAAGCAUUGUACUUUGUGCACUGACAAGUCAUACACUGGUUUAUUAUUUCAUGUAUUCCUAUGACACACACAUACACUCAUUGAACACUUAAACAUUGUGGUGGAGAAGUACCUAGAAUUAAUUGUGCAUCAUUUCUUAAAAAUAGCACAUGGAUGGGCUCAGAAACACUGAUGGAAAGUUAGGGUAAUUCCAACUUGUCCUGAUAUGACUCUGGUAAGAGGAGGCGGGCCUAGACUGCCCAGGAAACUAUUACGAGCGCAAGUAGAUAGGCUGGCUUUGAGGGAAGAACGGCGAAGCUGUGACACCGUUAUGUUCAGCCCAAGUGGGUAGGGUUAAAGAAAAAAGGUGACUCAGCAGAAAUCUUCACAAUAAAAGCGAGUGCACAGACAAAGAAAUUCCAGUCUUGCUCCGGAGCUUGACUCAUUGAGUUGAUGUGUGCUGAUGCCUGCGUGCACAUUAAACUCAGUUGCAUCUGAUUCCACGUGUCUCCAGUGAUUUUUGACCUCUGAGUAUUCAAGUUUUGAUAUUUAAUAGAAAACAAAGGAAGUUUGUUCGAGAAGAAGGGAAUGAGGUCGCGAGCUUUCUGGCCCAGCUCCAGACCUUAAAUUUAUGUUUCUACACAUUAAAGCCCACAAAUGUGUUUACCCUGCAUUGUUUUGGACAUUUUCAGGGCCAGGCAAACAUCUUCCUACUGCUUCCUCCCCAUGCCCUGAUAGCUGUGUUGAUAUCGUACUUUUGUCUUUGAUUAUUUUUAUCUGUUUUUUUAUUUCAACUGUAACCCUAUGUUGGACCACCAGAUUCCUCCCUGUAGGACUGCCAUGUGUGAGAGCUGAUGUAGAGGCAGAUAAUGUAUUGUUCUAUAUCAAAUGUGAAAAUAAUGUCAGUUUCAAAAGGUCUUAGAAACAGUUGACCAGAUGUCAGAUUUCGCAAUAGGAAGGACUCCUUAUAAGAAGUUGUUUUUGAAUACUGUCGAGUUGUUGUACUUUGGAGUUACUAGGAAGGACUCCUUUUAGGAAUUGUUUUUGAAAUAUUGAGUAAUUCUUGUAUGAUCAUUUCCAGGAAAUCAAACGUGGCAGAACGGUUAGGUCCCAGACCCAGGCACGUCUGCACAUGGACGCACACACACACGCACACGCAUGCACACAAACAAACAGACGCUCACUCACUCACUCAGAUAGUAUAAAGGUUUUUGGAAGUUGUAUGAGCGGGGCUGUUUCUGCUGUGUCCACUGUUUUCUACGACCUGUAUUGUUGAGUUGUACUUUGCAAUUAAAGUAAU